GUAGCGAGGUACCGUGCCGCGCAGCCACACCGGCCACUGCGACGGCCGCGGCGGAGCGAGCGCGUUCGUUCCUCUCGGGUUGAUUUCCUGCGGACGACGUCGCGCGAUGUGAGGAUGUGAGGCGAAGCUGACGGGGGCGAUCGCACCACGCGCGACACUCGACGGUACGAGCGGCGAAAUUAAUUGCCAAAGCGGGGAUGUGAGUCGAUAGCUCGCGCUUCUGACGAGGAGAGAGGGCGAGGAGGAUAACAAGGGCAGAAGAGGGAGAGAGCGCGCACGGUGAGCUCACGUGACAACGCAGGGGGGUUGCGAACUGUCCGACGGUAGUACGUCGAGCGGCUGCUGCUGCUACUACCGCUUGCCGUGAGUUACUUGUUGUGACUGUGACAGCGGCGGCGGUGGUGGUGGUGGUUGGCGGUGGAAGUGGUUGUGGUGGUAGUGGUGGUGGUGGUGACGACGACGACGGCGGUGCUGUCCGGAGUAGCACUGCGGCUCGAUCAUCCGCGGCGAGAGGGAAGGUUGGCGUGGCCCUCGGGGUUACGAGGCCGAGAAAGUGGGUGUUGCCGGACGACGACGAGGACGACGGGGAGGAUCGUCCCGCAGGAGGGAGAUCGGUCGUCGGAAGCUCGUAGAAGGGAGGAGAGGCGGGAGGUGGAGAGGACGACCGGAAGAAGGAUGCCCGUCGGUCGUCGGUCCUGGAGUCGACGUCAGCUCACCGCUGGCCUCCUCCACCUCGUCGAUGACCCCGUGCCUCGCGCGAGCGUUUGCUCCGGAGAUGGAUCACCCCUUAAGUGCCCGCACACAAAGAACGGUCACUCUGACGCCACGCUCCACGUCCGCGAAUCGUCGUUUCAGAAGACCACCGGCGCUGAAAUCCCUCCGCAGGAUGGCAGGAGCGAGCCGAGAGAUCCGGCAAGGCCCUGAAGAUUCCGUGCUCGCAAGUCAUCGCGGUGGGCGAAGCUGGUCUUCGUGCGAUUAGGGGCUGUGCCAGGGUAGCGCGGGCCGGGGGUGGUUCCUUCCAUCGCGAGGAUCGAGAUGAGCGAUCUACAGGCCACCCUCGAGUUCUCCCUCGAGCUCUGCAAGUUCUACAAUGUUGACCUCUUCCAACGCGGGUAUUACCAGAUUCGAACGGCUCUCAGAGUGUCGCCGAAGCUGCCGGUCAAGGUGGAGGUUAAUCAACCACGAAAUCACUCCCUGGAGGCGCCCGGUACGAGCAAGCGCUUUCAGAUACUCUACAGGAACGAGGAGGUGACACUCGGUACGUCCGUGCUGUUCCGGGCGCACGUGCUCGUGCACAGUCACAAGAUCGAGGAGGCCCUGUCGCGCACCCACUUCAAUCUGGGCGUCGAGCUAUGGUUCAGCGAGCCGACACAGCCGGGCAACAUGGCCUGCGUGUCCUCGAGGGCGCUGCAGCUGAAUUUCACACCCACGAAGGGCCUUCACUACCAUCUGCCGGUGCUCUUCGAUUACUUUCACCUAGCCGCGGUGUCCAUCACGAUCCACGCCUGCCUCGUGGCACUUCAUCAGCCCUACAUCAAGAAGAGCAUACUGCACUACGUGCAGAGCUGCGCACCGCGAGGCGGCAAGCCCUGGCUGCAGUUUAAACAAUCCCCGGCGAACGGUGACAACAGUUCGACGACCUUCGGGAACAUUGCCCGCGGCUCGUUUCAGGAGAGCACCACGAGAUGCGUCGGCUCGACGACGAGGAUGCAACACGCGAGACUGGUGCAGCAGGAAGUCACGAGAUUGCUACUGGCGGCGAGGGAAUCUCUGCUCAACGACCUGUCCGACCUGGCGAGGCUGCUGCCCUCCUGGCAGCAAAGGGCGCUCGAGCUCGCACAGAACACGCACAAAGAGAUCACGAAGCUGAUGGACACCGAGGAGGCUGACAUAGCCCAGCUCUGCGCGCAAAACAUCGUCCUCUGGCAGCACUUCCUGGAAGCGUUCUCCGGCCGAGAAGCGGUCCAUCAGCAUCUCGCGCGGAUUCACCAUCAGCUGAGAGUGAAGCGCUUCGCCGAGGGUUUCUUCGUACUGGAGAACCCGAGAACGUCGGCAGCGGGCUGCUACGACGCGAACUAUCAGUCUUAUCAGGCGGUGAGCGAGGCCGCCCGGCGAUCGCGUUACCUCGCGUCGUUGCCGCCGUUGCCGGUCCACUGUCCGGAACUGGACGGCGAUCUUCACUCGUUGCCUUUGAUCUUCGAGGAUCAGUACGCCGACAUGCAGCAGAGGCACAGGAACAGCGUUCCCAACAUGGACGACUGUAGCUGCGGAAUAGCGGCGAUACUGGAGUCGCGCUCGAUGGGUAUCUGGUCGCCCAGGAGCGAAGGCGCGGCCCAGGACAUCGGAUCGAUCCAGGCCCGCCUGAUGCUGACGCCCUCCACGCUUCCUGCGAGGCACAGCAAGUCCUUGGACCAGCUGGGGCCGGAGCUGGUGCCCCUGCAGCCCAGAACGUCGCCGAAGACCCUACCGAGGUCCGUGUCGACCCAGCUGUUUCCGCGGCAGCGCGGCGGCGGUCGCAACGUCACCCCGCCCGCGACGGUGCCUUCCAGAGGAAGAGCCAGGUCGACAGUGCCGUCCAGUGCUACCCUCUUCCCGCCGUCGGGCCAGCAGGCCUGUUCCGCGCCGAAUCCAUCCCUCGGCUCCACGCCGGUGAUCCCCCUGCCCCGGGCCAAGUCCACGCAGAUGCUGGUGCCGAACCGGCAACAGCAGCAGCAUCAGCAACAGUCCGACCAUCAAUCCACUUCCAUCACCUCGCUGCUGGCCGCGAUGUUUCCCGAGUUGCCGCCCGGCGGACACCUGCCCGGUUACCGACCGUCGUCCAAAUCCUGCGAGCAGAAUCUCACGGUGCCGACCUGCUUGGGUGCUUUGGAUCCCGACCAGCUGCACGACUGCUUAACGGACAGGAAAUCGGCGAAUGUGGAAGACUAUCAUUCGCUGGACACCAGGAGGAUACGAAACCUGCUGGAGCCGCGGAGCCAUCGUCUGGGGACACGCCAGCCGCUGCCAACGACCACUAACGACCAAAGUAGCUUUUUAUCCGCCAAGGCGAACGUAAACGGCGACAGCUUCCCGCAGGAUCCCCAACCGCUGCACACCGCGACCCUGGACCGGGUCACUUACCGGAACAACGCCCGGAAGCCCGGACAGCACCAAACGGGAGGAAAAUACAGUCAGAGCAACGGCGUCGAAUGCCGCAGGUAUCACACGCUCGGUAAGACGUCGAUAUCGGCGCAGAGGAGUCGCGAGAUAUCGGAGUCCGUGAACGGCGGCAGCUACUCGCUCCUGGCGGAACCCUCGAGCAAGAGAUCGAACUACUGCGCGACGGACUCGUUCUUCUACCGUACGAACGGCAGCACCAGCGGGCGAACGCGCGACGAGACGGACAAGCCGAAGAGGCCGAAGAGCACGGAACGGCUCGUCGACGACGCGAUGGAGCGCAACGAGUGCUGCGAUUUCCGGCGAGAUCGGCCGAGGAGGAGAACCGACCGACCGUCCAAGUCGCCGCGCAACGGAGCGGCGCACAAUUACGGCGACGAGGAGCCGCGACGCGGCGAGAAGAAGAACGCGGAGACGCCUCAGGAGCCGGUCUACGAGGUGAUAGCCUUGAAGCUGGAGCCGAAGAGGGAGUCACGUGUGGAGAGGAGAAGGGACAGGCACAGCAGAAGGCCGCACUCGGCGCCCGUUCUCGACACGGACCACCCGCCGGAGAAGAACAAGAAGUGCAGCCACAGGAAUAGAAAACCGGCGCCACCGCCGCCGGCGUAUCAGGAUCUCGCCGACGCGCCGUUGCCCAAGUACCGGCAUGCCCCUACCACGCCCACGACGAGCGUCCUCGAGGUGGAGAACAACAAUAAAAUUAUCCUCAAGAUGGAGCCCAUCAAGUCGCCCAUGGAUGUGCCAACGGCGACGAACGGCACCACGCCGUCGGACGCGUCGAGCGUCGUGGCGCCGUUGCCGAACGUGAAGAGGCUGCGAUGCGCCAGCGUGCCGGUGGCCCAGAACAAAGUGGUGGUGCCGCGCAGCGCGGUCUCCCUGCCCUGCAUGCCGAUACGCGACAGCAAGGACAGCCUGAGCAACAACCUGCCGGUGAUCCCGAAUCCCCUCAGUCCACCGUCCACCAGACCGAGCAGUCCCACUCCGAGCUCGAGCUCGAGCAACCUCACGUCCGAGUGUUCCGGCUGGGUCAGCAGCGGCGACACCUCCAGCUCGGAGCAGCGUCGCUGCGCGAAGCUGUCGAGCGAGCAGCUGCGGCAAAAGCUGUCGAAGAUCGUGCCGCGCAAGGAGCGUGCCGCGAAGGAGAGCGUCGAGGAGCACUCGUACGAGGAGGUGCGUCUACCGCCGCCGAAGAUGUUCCAGGACGAGCCACCGCCGCCCGAGGAGUUCCGGGAUCCGCCAGCGCCGAUCGACAAUCUGCUCUACCACGUGUACGAGACGGUGAAGCAGACCAGAAGCCCGAAGCAGAAUAAAACGGCGCCCUGCAGCCCGCAGCGGAACCGCGACCGGGAGAGCACUUACGGCGUCAGGGACAUCUGCCUGGACUGUUAUCAGGAGGGCAAAGAGCUGCUGCAGUCCACGCAGGACGACUUCAUCAAUUUCAAGAAGUGCAAGGAGGAGUUCAAGCGGCAAAUGAGCUUCUCCGGCAGGAUCUACAGAGAACGCAAGGAAGCACAGUUGCGUUUACAUAAACGUGCCCAUUCCUUCGGAUACGGUGACCUUCUGAACUCGUCGUCGGUUCAUCCAUUAAGAUCCAAUGUGCCUCUUAGUGACUACCCGACCCUGGCCUCGACCCUGCCGUACUUCCACAUCAGCGACGAGUAUCGGCUCUUCUCGCCGGAAGGUGCUCACCUCAUUAUAUGCGUCCACGGUCUCGACGGUAACGCCGCCGAUCUCCGUCUCGUCAAGACGUACCUGGAAUUGGGCCUGCCCGGGGCGCAUUUGGAUUUCCUGAUGUCUGAGAGAAAUCAGGGCGACACCUUCUCCGACUUCGACACGAUGACCGACCGGCUGGUGGCCGAGAUUCUCUACCAUAUCGAGUCGUCGGGCCUGAACCCGACGAAGGUGAGCUUCAUCGGACAUUCCCUUGGGACCAUAAUCAUCCGGAGCGCCCUCACGCGACCGCAGCUGCGCCCGCUCCUUCCCCGUUUGCACACCUUCCUCAGUUUGAGCGGACCUCAUUUAGGCACUCUUUACAACACGAGCGGUCUGGUGAACGCGGGUAUGUGGUUCAUGCAAAAGUGGAAGAAGUCCGGAUCUCUGCUGCAACUGGCGAUGAAGGACUCGCCGGACGUGAGGCGCUCCUUCAUGUUCCGUUUAAGCCAGAAGAGCAAUCUGCAGAAAUUCAAGCACGUCCUGCUGUGCGGGAGCGCUCAAGAUCGAUACGUGCCGCUGCACUCGGCCCGAAUCGAGCUCUGCAAGGCCGCCGUACGAGAUCCGACCGAUCAAGGAGCCGCGUAUCGCGAGAUGGUGCACAAUAUCCUGUAUCCCGUGAUGUCGGCGCCCGGCGUAAGCCUCGUCAGAUACGACGUGCACCACGCUCUACCGCCGACGGCGAACGCCCUGAUAGGCCGAGCCGCACACAUCGCCGUCCUCGACUCCGAGCUUUUCAUCGAGAAGUUCCUGCUGGUGGCGGGAUUGAAGUACUUCAGAUAAGGAAAGGACUGUCUAGCGCACGGAAAAAAGGGGGGAGGGGAUAAAGGAACUGAUUAGAUUGUAGCAUAUAAACGAAAGGGGAGUAAGAUAAAGGAGAAAAGAGGAGAGGAGACGAAGAAGAGAUAUAUAACUCUCUCGACGGACGCUCGGACGCGCGUCGACGAGCGUGUCGCGCGCGAUUAUAGCGUAAUUCGGAGACGUCCUGUCGAGCCUCGCUUCAGCCGCUUCCCGCGGUCGCUUCCUUUCGAAGAAACGGCCCGCGAGGCGCCGGGCAAGUCGAUCCUCCUUUUUUUUACACGAGAAACGUCACGUCUCGGGACGAAUCGCCGCGCAUCCUCCGAUACUCGCGAGCGUAAUCGCCGAAGGGUAGUCACGCGCGCAUUAUAGCGCGUUUAUCGAAUUCACUCGACGAAUUCGCGACGCUCGAGAGUUCGUUCGAGUCUCUCGUCAAAAUCGAACCCGUGUAAUUAGUCGUGGAAUGGGCCUAUUUUCCAGUGAUGGUACAGUAGCGGUAGCAGUCUUCUCCGACUCGAAGCGAGAGAAGGAGCGGCGAGAAGGAGGAGGCGGGAAGGCGCGCGGAGAGGAGUGUCCGAAGGUGUGCGAGGGGGACAGUACGAGGAUCGAGUACACAAACCGAGACACUGUUAGUAUUUAGUUACGUCGUCGCUGUGAGUGACACGCGUAGUGGAAAUCGCGCGAAAUCGGGGCUGAGAUCGGCGCGCUUUCGGCGCUUCCGGCCUAGUGAAGAAAUAAUCAAGCGGAGGAAGCGAGGACGGCCGUCGGCGCGUGUCAGGCUUCGUCAACGUCGCGCGCGCGCACGAGAGAGAAAGAGAGAGAGAGAGAGAGAGGGAAACGACGAAAGGAAAAUCGGUCGUCGACGAAUGCGCGGCGAUCGCGCGCGAGAAUUCAGAGGCGUUCGCUCUUUGUGAUUGCAUGAAGGGGGGGGGGGAGGAAGAAAGGCGAAGAAACUCCCCGGGGGACGGGGAGGAAGCUCCGUCGCCGGACACGUUCUCCGCGAUGCGCAGCGGGUUAAGACGGAAUAAAUAAAAAUGAAAAAGUAAGCGGGAGAUCAAUAAUAAUAAUGAUAAUAUUAAUAAUAAUAAAAGUAAACGGACAAUGCAACGACACACAUUGUCUAGACGCUAGGAAAGUUACGAAACGCAUGUCAAUUGUUAUCCUCAGAUAAGUGUGAGUGCGGUGAGUGCGGUGAGUGCGGCGAAUGGAUGAGAGUGCCGAGUACGACGCUGUGAGAGAGAGAAAGGUGGGG